AUGGCAACUGGAUAUAGGAGCUGGAUUCUGGAGCUCGGGCAGGAACACUUGGUUCAGGCUCAGGGUCAAAGGCAGAAUGGACGGAGUCCUCCUCGGAUGCCGGCCAUGGACGCAGCAGCAAAAGGGAAGAAGACAGGGCUUGAUCCAUGUGAUCCUUCAGCUUUUAUACCAAAUAUGAGGGAUGAGCCCUUUGAAGAUGGCUAUGCAAAUGGUGAGGAAGGGACACCAGCUGGGGAAGCAGCUGCCACUUAUACACCUGAUAGCAAAGGUGUGGUCAAGUUUGGCUGGAUAAAAGGUGUAUUGGUACGAUGUAUGUUGAAUAUUUGGGGUGUCAUGCUAUUCAUCAGACUGUCAUGGAUUGUAGGACAAGCAGGGAUAGGUCUGUCAGUCUUGGUUAUUGGAAUGGCCACUGUUGUGACAACUAUUACAGGACUGUCUACUUCAGCAAUAGCUACAAAUGGGUUUGUAAGAGGAGGAGGAGCAUAUUACUUAAUUUCUAGGAGUCUGGGGCCGGAGUUUGGUGGUGCCAUAGGUCUGAUUUUUGCGUUUGCUAAUGCUGUUGCAGUAGCUAUGUAUGUGGUUGGCUUUGCAGAGACUGUUGUGGAGCUACUCAAGGAAAAUGGAACAUUGAUGGUUGAUGAAAUGAAUGAUAUCAGAAUCAUAGGAGCUAUUACAGUGGUUAUACUGCUGGGUAUUUCUGUUGCUGGAAUGGAAUGGGAAGCAAAAGCACAGAUAGUCUUACUGGUGAUCCUCAUCCUUGCCAUUGGAGACUUUGUGAUAGGAACAUUUAUUCCUUUGGACAGCAAGAAGCCUAAAGGUUUCUUUGGCUAUAAAGCUGAAAUAUUUAUGGAGAAUUUUGGACCGGAUUUCCGACAAGAGGAAACUUUCUUUUCUGUAUUUGCCAUUUUCUUCCCUGCUGCAACUGGCAUACUUGCUGGUGCAAAUAUCUCAGGUGAUCUUGCGGAUCCUCAGUCAGCCAUACCUAAAGGAACGCUGUUGGCCAUCCUAAUUACUACAUUGGUUUACAUAGGAAUUGCAGUAUCUGUAGGUUCAUGUGUUGUUCGAGAUGCCACAGGGAACUUCAAUAAUACCAUUGUCACUGAGCUGACAAACUGCACUACUGCAGCUUGCAAGUUAAACUAUGACUUCUCGUCCUGUCAGACAGGGUGUCAGUAUGGGCUGAUGAACAAUUUCCAGGUAUAA